ACCCUUGGUCUCGUGCCAGCGGCUGCCAGGCUUGACACUAUAUAAACAGCAAUCCGCAAUCCUGCCAACGAGAUUAUCUUUGUUUCCACACUAUGUCCUCUCCUCCCCCCAAUCCUGAUCCAAGACCUCUUCCGCAGGGCUGGAUCGCGCAGUACAACUGGGAUUACAAGGCAUGGUUCUAUGUGAACGAGCGUGAACAACCUCCCAGAUCAUCUUGGGAGCAUCCGCUUGGCCAGCAGUAUACUCCUCCCCCUGGCCCUCCCCCUCCCAAUCGCGACUACAACCGCUCUCCUUAUCAAAGCAACUACAAUCAGGGUGCCCCUCCAGGUGGCUACGCGCCGUCUUACGGUGGGCAAGGUAACUACGGAGGCGGGUAUGGUAGCAGCGCGCCCGCCGGCGGCUACCAGGGUGGCUACCCACCUGCAGAAAACAGAGGCUUCUUUGGUGGCAGGACGUCUUCUCAGCCACAACAGCAACCCGUUUAUGCGCAACAGGCUCAGCCACCGAAGAGGAGUGGACCAGGGAUGGGCACUGCUCUGUUGGCUGGCGGUGCAGGUCUAGUUGGCGGAGCCCUCCUCAUGGACGCUUUCGAGGACCAUGAAGAUCAUGAAAGAGACCAGGCCUAUGACCAAGGGUAUGACCAAGGUUACGGCAACGGUUACGACAAUGGUGACAAUGGUGGUGACAAUGGUGGCGGAGACUGGUAAACUCCUUGGUCGCAAAUUCUGGGCGCCUACUGUGGUAGAUGGGUGCUUGUAUAUCGGAUAGAUACUUGGAAGACUUCGAUUUGUGGAAUUAAACUUGUGGUGCAUUUGAGCGCCAUUGUAUACCAAACUAUAACGAAUUCCUUGCUGUGUCUAUUCAAUGGCCAUGGGUCUACGGUUCAAAUGUAUGGUGCACGCAUACUAGCUAACUACGAUAGUCGUAUCCGGAGCUUGAAAGCUUGAUUAACUUUAAGUUAAUUGGCCAGUCACUAGCCAGGCUUGGCGUCC